AUGAUUCCCCAAUGGUUUGCCAAAGUUGACUCAAGGACAGGGACACCCAUCAACGCCACGAUUGUCAUGCUCGUCGCCACUGCAGUGGUUGCCUUCUUCACAAAGCUCGAGAUUCUCGCCAACCUCCUCUCAGUCUCCACGCUAUUUAUCUUCAUGCUCGUGGCUGCCGCACUUCUCGUGCGCCGCUACUACGUCAGCGGAGUGACGACAAUGGCGAACCGCGUCAAGCUCAUCGUGUGUCUGUGUCUUAUAAUUGGUUCUUCCGUUGGAAUUGCUGCCUAUUGGGGCAAAAGUGACCGUUGGAUUGGGUACACAAUAACUUUGCCCAUUUGGCUCAUUGGCACCGUUGGCCUUUGGAUUUUGGUUCCACAUGCAAGGAAUCCAAAGCUUUGGGGAGUGCCGUUGGUUCCGUGGCUGCCAUCAACGUCGAUUGCCAUCAAUAUUUUUCUCCUUGGGUCGAUAGAUAAAGCGUCUUUCAAAAGGUUUGGGAUAUGGAGUGCGCUUAUCUUGCUUUACUAUUUGUUUUUCGGGUUGCAUUUGUCGUACGACAAGGCGAAGGGGUCUGGGGAGAAGAGGGUGGAUGAUGGCGUGCAGUUGAAGGUGGUGGAAGAAGGGGCUGACACUUCAGCUGUUGCUUCUGGUUCAGCUGGUAUGAACGUUGGCAAUGCUUCUAAAAAUGGUGGCAGUUAA